AAGAAUUAUAUAUACUCCACAACUUUUACAAGCUAUAGCUUUCUGAUUUAUAUUCUUCACUACAGUGAGAAUGGGAGAACAUCCUGUUGAGACCAUCCUCCAGUAUCAUUUCUCCAACUCUGAAUUACUUGACGAAGCAUUACUUGCUGCAGGGGCGGCAGCUUCAAGCAAAGAUAUAGAAGGCGACGUUCAAGGCAAUAAGCGUCUGGCUCUAUUAGGAGAUUCCGUUCUCCAAGAGGUCGUUCUAGAGCCCUGGUACAACUCUGAGGAAAGUACUGAUAAGGGCCAUGAUAGAGUAAAAAAUCUAUGUAGAAACACAAAAUUGAGCCAGAUAGCACACAGAAGCGGAAUAUCAAGUUAUAUUACGAAAAACCCAUCCCAAGAAGGCCAGGUGCCCCAAGAGACUGCUGCGUCAACAAUUGAAGCGCUGGUAGGGGCGAUUUAUCUUGAUAGUGGAAAGGACAUAUCGAUGGUUAAGAAAGCCCUUAAGGUAAUUGGCUUUUUUGAAGCAAGUUGAUGAUAUAUUGAGAUGUGUCAUGCAUAGAAAAGUUAUGUGUAUUAAAUGCAAUG